ACACAAACAGACACACAGUGCAGAGACACACGGUGCUGGAAGCAGAGCUGUAGGAGGGACAGCAUCCGCAUCGUUAGGAGGGCGGCGUGGUGGCAUCGCCUGCAGGAAUCCGCUCAAGUCCACAGCGGAGGAAAAAUGCGCUGAAGGGGGAAGAAGCUCGGUGGAUAACCAAAGAUUACCUUACAGCGCUGACACAUCUGAAGACAAGACAGGAGAGGAAGAAGACAAAAACCCGCUUUGGACAAGUUGUGAUUUGAAAGAAGCGGAGAUGAACACCAACGAUGCCAAGGAGUACCUGGCACGGCGGGAGAUCCCUCAGCUGUUCGAGAGCCUGCUGACGGGUCUGAUGUACUACCGGCCCGAUGACCCCAUCGACUACCUGGAGGGCUGCCUGAAGAAAGCCAAGGAGCUCGGCGGGCCGGACAAGGUGCGGUGGGACACCUUCGUAGGCCAGGAGAAGAAGCCCCUUCCCCCCCUGAACGGAGGCCAGUCCCGCCGGUCCCUCUUCAGGAACGUUUUGCCCGACAGCCCCAACUUCCCCUACAGACGCUACGACCGCCUGCCUCCCAUCAGCCAGUUCUCCAUCGAGAGCGACUCGGACCUGUCGGAGACUGCGGAGCUCAUCGAGGAGUACGAGGUGUUCGACCCGUCCAGGCCCAGGCCCAAAGUCAUCCUCGUCAUCGGUGGUCCCGGCAGCGGCAAAGGAACGCAGAGCCUGAAGAUCGCCGAGCGCUACGGCUUCCAGUACGUGUCGGUGGGCGAACUGCUGAGAAAGAAGAUGAUCCACAACGCCACCAGCAACAGGAAGUGGAGCCUGAUCGCCAAAAUCAUCACCAACGGAGAGCUGGCGCCACAGGAGACCACAAUAACUGAGAUAAAGCAGAAGAUUAUGAAGAUCCCAGAUGCUAACGGUAUCGUCAUAGACGGGUUCCCUCGUGAUGUCGGACAGGCCCUGUCCUUUGAAGACCAGAUCUGCUCUCCUGACCUGGUGGUGUUCCUGGCCUGCACUAACCACCGUUUGAAGGAGCGGCUGCAGAAGCGAGCCGAGCAGCAGGGACGACCGGACGACAACCCCAAGGCCAUCAACCGCCGGCUCACCAACUUCAAACAGAACACCAUCCCUCUGGUCAAAUACUUCCAGGAGAGGGGGCUCAUUGUGACGCUGGACGCCGACCGAGAUGAGGAGGAAGUCUUCUGCGACAUCAGCAUGACUCUGGACAACAAACUGUUUCCCUGCAACGAGCUGGCAGCCGGUCCCAGUGAGUUGGAUCUCAGUCUAGUGGGUGAAACCAGCAGCCCGGCAGAUGUUGCCUGCAAGUACGACGAGGCUGAAGAAGAAGAAACCGGAGAUGCUGAAGGAACCACAGAAAGUUAUUGCACAGAACAGAAGAAGCCAAAGGUCAUCUUCAUGAUGGGUGGUCCGGGCUCAGGUAAGGCCGUCCAGUGUGAGCGGAUGGAGGAGAGGUUCGGCCUUCGUCGCGUCACUCUGGCCGAGCUGCUGUGCAACGAGCUGCAGUCUCACAGCGACAGAGGGCGCCACCUGCAGGACAUCCUGGAGAGAGGAGAGCAGCUGCCUGAGGACUCGCUGCUGGAGCUGCUGUGUGACGCCGUGGCGUCGUCGCUCCGGCAGGGAAAAGGUCUGGUGAUCAGCGGCUUCCCCAGAGACCUGAGGCAGGCGGAGGAGUACGAAUCCAAGAUGGGUGAACCCGGCGCUGUGUUCCUGCUCAGCUGCUCUCCAGACUCCAUGUCCAGCCGCCUGCAGAGUCGCAGCAGAUCCAGAGACGACGUCCUGCACCGGAGGGCCCAGAGCUUCAGCAGCGACAGCCAGGCGGUGGCAGCUCACUACCAACGCAAGAGGCUCCUGCACACGAUCGACGCUGAGCGGUCGCCUGAUGAAGUCUUCGUCCAGAUCUGCCAGUCCAUGGAGUCUCCAUCCACCUUCUGAGACCUUCAACACCCUCGUCUCUCUGCCAUCCAGGAGGUCCAACCCUGAAGCCCCCUUCUGUCCUCCAUCUGCCCCCUGAGGAGACUCAAACCUGCACCAGACUGUCUCUCGUUGAACUCCAGUGGUUUGCAUGUUUUCACCUGCGAUCAGUGAAAGUCUCUCUGCUUUCUGACAAAGCGCCUGGUUGUUCUGCUUCUCCUUCCCUGCAUCUCCUCUUCCUCUGUCUUUCUUUCCCUGUGCUGCCAGCUGCCCGGCCGGGGCAGGUCACCGAGGAAACCGCCUCCCUGCUUCGGCUGAGAGCUGAAUGUGAAAUGUGUGAACGGAGGUUUUUAUUUUUCUCUUCAGCACCGAGCUUUAUAUCAUAACAAGCAUGCCAGAGUUACACUUCUAAGCUUAAACUGCCUUUUGUGAGUUCAAUAAGAAGCAGAAACGAAUUAAAGCGUAUUGAGAUGACCACGUUUGUAUGUUUUGGGUUUUUUCCUGAGCUCAUCGUACAGGUGCUUGUUUCCAGUCUGGUAUUUAACAUUCAAUAAAAGCCAGUGCAUUUGCUAUAACGGAGGAGUUCUCAGUGUGGUGCUUUUGGUUUCUGAGCCGAUCUGACAGCGCCAUCUGCUGGAGAGAAGAUCGAAGCAAAGAAAACAGAAUCUUCAGCUCAGUGGCGUGCAGACAUUUAGGGGAUCCGGGGUCCGUUUCACGAAGCGGGUUUAGUGAAAACUCAGAGUUUGUUAACCCUGAAAUGAGGGAAACUCAGAGUUUUCCGUUUCACAAAGGGAGGUAACUCAAACCAGAGACAGAGGGGUAACUCUAGCCUGUUUCACAAAGAGGGGUAACUUAAACUCUCGGUCAGUUACCAUAGUAACAGACUCUUGUUUUUCCAUAUAGCCUCAUCGUGGGUGGAGUCGUCAUAGCGCAGCGAGCCUAAAGUCCCUUAACGUCAUUUGCGUGCGACACAAACGCAACAUAACGGAGACGAUGGUUCACCUGCUGCUCGGUCUGUGGGUUUCUGUCAGAUUCAAAGUAAUAGAAGAGUCGGAGAAAGCUGAGAGCGACGAGUCGAAACACUCAGGAGACACACAGGAGAGUUUGGGAGGCGAUGCAGCAGUAUCAAGCUGAAGACAAGAGGAUAUGAACGAGACGACAUAUGAGGAUGCUCUCUGAUGAGACUUCAUGGGAUUUACCUGAAGCAGCAGCACAUGAGCCUGCAGUGGUACAAGGUGUAGAGGAGGAGGACAGAGAUGUACAGGAUGCACUGAUGCACUACGUGUCAUGCAAAGUUAUUCUUCUUGUUAUACUUCUGUUUUUCUGUCCCCGGACCGCUAUUGUUUUCUUUAAUGCAAUUCUGACAAUAAACUUUUGUACCUUUUGCA